AUGUACACUACGUUCCAAGCCGGGGCUGCCACCGUUGCCGAAUUAGGUCAGCCUCCCGAAGUUCCGGCACCCCAGAAGUCCCGCCGAAAGAGAGCCCAGGUAGCGAGGGCGUGUGAUUGGUGUCGGGUACAUCGUAUUCGAUGUGACAAUAGCCACCCGUGCUCGAGAUGUAUCGAGAGAGGCGGCGAGUGUACCGUCCAGGGCAAGACUGACAUACGCAACAUCUCUUCGCCUCAGGCUUACCGCACCAUCGAGCGUUUAGAGCAGCGAGUGCGCGAGUUGGAACAAGAACUCGAGAGCCAUCGCAACCCGACGCUGCCCGGCGGCUCGUCUCGCGCAUCACCCCGUACCCCUGCUAGCAGGCUCCUGUCUACCCCCCCUGAGGGGGCUGGCUCUCUAGAGCCUCUCAUCAGCGAGCAGAUAGACAGAAGUGGCAUAGCAGUGCACGAGGGGAUUCGCAUUCGUACGGCACAGUCUCAGUAUGAGACGUGGUAUGGUCCUGGAUCUCUGUACUACUUCAUCAGGCGAAUGAACGAUUUUCUGAACUCGACCUUACGACAAAGCCGUUCAAUCAACCGGAUGCUGCCCGAUGCCGAGACAAAUCUAUUUGAUGAACCGACCCAGAGCGGCAUUGGCAGCCAUAACAGUCCGGCGGCUCCCGUCGUUGGGAGUGGCUCAGUUACCGCCGGAGACGCGCUGACACCAACACAGGAAGAGUAUUUUAUUAGUCUGUAUUGGCAAUCCUAUCAUACCAUCCUCUUCGUACUUGACGAGGCUGCAUUCAAGGAGCAUUAUCAUUCGCUAUGGACAACCAAGGGCCAGGAACGCAAGCCUUCUGCGCUUGUCGACAUUGUCAUUGCGUUAUGCAUGCAGUACGGCAUGGCAUCAAAACCAGGUUUAGGGCAAAGCGGUAUCUCGGGAAGUCCCGAAAGCGAGGGCCGUGACCCAGUCGUCGCUGGUCGCUGGUAUUAUCAACGCUGCCAAGCCCUCCUUGCGAGCCAACUGGAAAGCCCUACCCUGAUCACGUUGCAGUGUCAGAUCUUAUCAGCAUCAUACCUCUGCGUUGGGUGUUAUCCCAACAUGGCGGAUAGCGCCUGUGCUUUGGCUGUGAGGACCGCCUACAUGCUAGGCCUGCAUCUCGAGCCACCGUUAGACAUGCCAAAACGCCAGAGAGAGAUCCGGAAGCGUCUGUGGUGGGCACUAUACGUCCAAGAUAGUAAAUUCAGUAUGAAACUGGGCCGUCCAUUUCUGUUAAAUCCCCCUAACGCUACCUGUCACCUGCCAGGAGAUGAUCGAGAAGAGGCACUGUCUUCUGGUUCUUUCUUCACUCCGAUCGGAGACGGCGUCACGUGGCUCACCUUCAACGUGGAGAAUAUCAAACUUUUUCAGGAAUUCCGUGCAGCGUACAAGGCGUUCUACAGGGGUCCGGGGGCGGUUAGCAUUUUCAUGGACCAAACCGGCAAGGAUGCGUCCGUUGCCAUCGAAGCCCAGGCGAAUUUUGUAGUUCCAUAUCUAGAGCGCAUCGAAGAUUGGGUAAAAGGGGUUCCUCAGACCCUCACAACUAAACGUGCUGGCAACGGAGUUCCAUUCUCGACUGAUGGCUCUGCCUUUGAGAUCGAAGAAUUCGCGUCUCUCUGGCUCCAGCGACAACGGCUUCUGCUGGAAUUGAUUUUCCAUCAUCUAUCCAUCAAUCUAUAUCGUCCGUUCAUCCGUUUCGGUGCGUGGUCAGCGGACACUCCGGUGGCAGACAAAUACGCCACACAGUGCGCCGCUCACGCGAUAACCCUAACCCAGGCCAUGCAUCAUGUUAACAAAUCAACCUCCAUUCUCAAGGGAUGGAAUGAGGCGUUCCAGUGGCAAUGGAACGCCGUCAUGUCACUGGUGGGGUUUGUGUUUGCUUACCCAAGUCAUCCUCUAAAUCCGGCAGCGCGGAAUGCAAUCGACCAGUCAGUGUCGGUUUUCGAGUCUUUCGGGGGGUGUCUCUCGCCUGCGCAGAAAGCAGUGCCCAUCAUCCGCGACCUCAGCGCACAGGCCGAUCUGCUCUCGAAGCAGACGCUUGGCCUCGAGAGUUCCGUCUCCAGCGCGCAGGAGCAGCCUCUGAUAGCUCUCGGCGACCUCCGCUUAGACUUUGAGAACUCGACUGGGAAUACUAAGUGGGGGAAUUCGGGGGCUGCUCAAUACGGAUUUUUGGAUGAGCUAAGUAGCGCCGCAUUCCACGGCAUGCUGUCACAGUCUAUGGACAUGGCGUACUCGGUCGACGCUCAACACUUCGAGAUGCUACCAAUGCCGUGGCCGGACGUCAAUAGUUAUCAAAUUUCCCAGUGGACCUAG